AUGAUCCCCCCCACACCCCGCACCAUCUCCUCUGACUGCUGGUUCAAAACUUUUGAAACAACAAAAUUAUACAAAUUACCAUUUGCCUCCCCCUCGCACAGCCUUCUUACCCCGUUUCCGCAAGCCACGACAGCCGCAGUUUCUUGCCUCCCGCCUUCCUCAUUCCCCCUUGCCUUCCCCAUCUCCCCUUGCCUUCCCCAUUUCUCCUUCUCGCUUCCCAUUUUCCCUUCCCGCCUCCCCAUUUCCCCUUCCCGCCUCCUCAUUUCCCCCUCCCCAUUUUCCCUUCCCGCCUUCCCAUUUCCCCUUCCAGCCUCCACAUUUCCCCUUCCCGCCUCCCCAUUUCCCCUUCCCGCCUCCCCAUUUCCCCUUCCCGCCUCCCCAUUUCCCCUUCCCGCCUCCUUAUUUCCCCCUCCCCAUUUCCCCUUCCCGCCUCCACAUUUCCCCUUCACGCCUCCUCAUUUCCCCCUCCCUAUUUCCCCUUCCCGCUUCCCCAUUUCCCCUUUCCGCCUCCUCAUUUCCCCCUCACCAUUUCCCCUUCCCGCCUUCCCAUUUCCCCUUCCCGCCUCCCCGUUUCCCCUUCCUGCCUCCCCAUUUCCCCUUCCAGCCUCCUCAUUUCCCCCUCCCCAUUUCCCCUUCCCGCCUCCCCAUUUCCCCUUCCCGCCUCCUCAUUCCCCCCUCCUCAUUUCCCCUUCCCGCCUCCUCAUUCUCCCCUCCCAUUUCCCCUUCCCGCCUCCUCAUUUCCCCCUCCCCAUUUCCCCUUCCCGCCUCCCCAUUUCCCCUUCCCGCCUCCUCAUUCCCCCCUCCUCAUUUCCCCUUCCCGCCUCCUCAUUCUCCCCUCCCAUUUCCCCUUCCCGCCUCCUCAUUUCCCCUUCCCCAUUUCCCCUUCCCGCCUCCCCAUUCCCCCUUCCAGCCUCCUCAUUUCCCCCUCCCCAUUUCCCCUUCCCGCCUCCCCAUUUCCCCUUCCCGCCUCCUUAUUUCCCCCUCCCCAUUUCCCCUUCCCGCCUCCACAUUUCCCCUUCCCGCCUCCCCAUUUCCCCUUCCCGCCUCCUCAUUUCCCCCUCCCCACUUCCCCUUCCCGCCUCCACAUUUCCACUUCCCGCCUCCCCAUUUCCCCCUCCCCAUUUCCCCUUCCCGCCUCCCCAUUUCCCCUUCCCGCCUCCUCAUUCCCCCCUCCUCAUUUCCCCUUCCCGCCUCCUCAUUCUCCCCUCCCAUUUCCCCUUCCCGCCUCCUCAUUUCCCCCUCCCCAUUUCCCCUUCCCGCCUCCUCAUUCCCCCCUCCUCAUUUCCCCUUCCCGCCUCCUCAUUCUCCCCUCCCAUUUCCCCUUCCCGCCUCCUCAUUUCCCCUUCCCCAUUUCCCCUUCCCGCCUCCCCAUUCCCCCUUCCAGCCUCCUCAUUUCCCCCUCCCCAUUCCCCUUCCCGCCCCCCCAUUUCCCCUUCCCGCCUCCUUAUUUUCCCCUCCCCAUUUCCCCUUCCCGCCUCCACAUUUCCCCUUCCCGCCUCCCCAUUUCCCCUUCUCGCCUCCUCAUUUCCCCCUCCCCAUUUCCCCUUCCCGCCUCCUCAUUUCCCCCUCCCCAUUUCCCCUUCCCGCCUCCUCAUUUCCCCUUCCCGCCUCCCCAUCCCAUCCCCUUCCAACCCCUCUCAUCCCAUCCCCUUCCAGCCUCUCCCAUCCCCUUCCAGCCUCUCCCAUCCCAUCCCCUUCCAACCCCUCCCAUCCCAUCCCCUUCCAGCCCCUUCGAUCCUCUUUCAGUCCCUCCCACCCCGGCAAUAA